UCUCAGGGCUUAAUCUGCCCUAAGCUGGUGAGAUGGUGAGCAGGAAUCGGGAUUGCAUUCAGCGUGAACAGUGCCGAGUCCUAAUCCCCUUCAGACCGCUCAGUUGCGACCGCGCUGCUCUGCAUGUGGUCAUCACCACUUGUUCCUCGUGUGUUCGGCACCAUGAGUUUCAGGACCGACCUGGGGACCACAUAAGUGGGAAGGGAGGAAGGGAAGAAGGAACGGAGAAGAAUAAGAAGAGAAGGAGGGUUUGCUUCAUUCAGCCCAUGAUCUCACACAGGCUUCGCUGAGAGGCCUAUCGCCGCGCAGAAGGGGGAACGUGGGCCUGCACUGGAUGGAGCAUGCCGAGUGUUAAGGUGGCCCGACGACGGUGGGAGAUCCGGCCCACGCCAGCCGUGCGAGGCAUCGGCCGCACCAGGGCCCUGAUGUGGCAGAGGGCCCGGGGUCUGGCCCAGGCCUGCCGCCGGGGGGAGGGCUACCAGGCCACGGGGGGCUGCGGCGACCCCAACCAUGACAGCGAGCAGCUGGAGAUGGUGUGCGUUGAGCCCAUGGGUUCAGAGCGGAUGGAGAUGCGAAAGAGGCAGAUGUCGGUGCAGCAGGAGACGGCGGCGGGGGGCGCCGGGCCAGCCCAGCAGGGCCAGCCGGGCCAGGCCAACCCUCGGGGCUCCAAUGCCUGUUGUUUCUGCUGGUGCUGCUGCUGUAGCUGCUCCUGGAACGAAGACCGAGAAGAAAGGAAUCGGAAGGCUUCCCACGAUGUCAAGGAAGGGACCGCAGACUGCGAAGAAAGUCCGACGCCGACGCUGGACGAGGUGCACACGUGGGGGCAGUCCUUUGACAAGCUGAUGGGCUGCCCUGUGGGGAGAGCCGCCUUCCGCCUGUUCCUCCGCACCGAGUUCAGCGAGGAGAACAUGCUGUUCUGGAUGGCGUGCGAGGAGUUCACCAAGGAGACCAAUAAGACGGCCAUCGAGGAGAAGGCCCGUGUCAUCUACGAGGACUACAUCUCCAUUCUGUCACCCAAGGAGGUGAGCCUGGACUCCCGCGUGCGCGAGGUGAUCAACAAGAACAUGCUGGAGCCCUCCAUCCACACGUUUGACGACGCUCAGCUGCAGAUCUACACGCUAAUGCAAAGAGACUCGUACCCGCGCUACAUGAACUCCCCGGCCUACAGAAACCUGCUCAAAACCCUCUCAGAACAGUCCCCCGAAUCUUAGGCCGACGAUGUGACCUGUGACCUGUUCUCAAAAUCGAUUCACAAACCUCUUCCCCCCCCCUCCCCCUCACACCUCCACCACACCUCCACCCACCACCACCACCCCCGACCCUAUCUAUAUUUUUUUCCUUUGUAUCUUCAGUGUAGGACCACUUGAACUGGGGGCCUCGGACUCGAGACCGAACCCGGAUAUCAGCGCUGUCAUGAUCUGCACCUGGCGGAAGACACUCAGGUCUCAGAUUCUCCCUAGGGCUCGACCUUACAGAAGUACUGCUACCGGAUCAACAUAGCGUAACAACACUCCAAAGGAACACAAAUACAUUCUCUCUUUCUUUUUUCGUCUUUUUCUCGUUGAUAGAAAUAACCUAUUUUAUUUGUGAUUCAAAAAUGUUUGUUUUUGUUUUUUAAAAACGGUUUGUUGUUGUUUGUAUGAUGGUUUCGGCGGGGCAAAUGAUUAUUCCUACUGUAGACUAUAUAUAUAUUGAUGAGUUUGUAAAUAGAGAAAAAAGGGGGAAUUGUGGGUAUUUUGUGGGGGAAAUGCCUGUUUAUAUUUACUGCGUAUGAAAAUCAAAGCUCAGUCAAAGGCUACUCGUUAGCUAUACUUGUAGGCAGCUUUGCAGGGUGCUGGGUGGUUUAACAUGCUUUCACCCUGUUUCUGUUGGCAAGCCUCACACCUUGGUACACGGGACAUUAUUGACUUGGCAACUCCAGUUCAUUUGUAUGACGUGAGUACCUCUUUGUGAACAGUAGUCAGCUGGUGAUGUAACAGAAAGUGAAAACAAGGUCAAUCCUAGCUCCUAACUGCCACCUGGGGCAAUUUGCUUCUGUUAUUUCAAUCUUAUCUCAUGUCAGACUAUUUCAAUGCAAAAGAGUGGUUUGGUCCAAAUGUAUUUAUUUAAAAGCAUUUCUUCAGAGGUUAAAGCAAGUGCUUAUCUAACAUAGUUCAACAUUAGCGCGGAUGAGGUAUUUCUAUCUGUACAGUAUUGUGUUUUGUUGUCAUCGAUUGCCAACACUGAAAUACCAGCAAGUACAUUCAUUUUGAAGUGUUAGUUUGCAAAUAGUGGAAAAAAAUGGUCGGAUAAACUGUUGUAUGACUGGCCAAUUUUGAUGAUGACUGUGCAGACUUAAGCUUAAGGUGAAGGCUCCACAAUAAUAGAUAUUUCACUUCUCUCUGUUGUAUCAGGCAGUUGGUUGCAGUGUCGGAUUUCAACAAGGGUCAGGCUUGCUCGGCAGUGACACCAAAGCUACCAUGUAAACUGUGUUUAUACAUUCAAUAGAAACGCUUUUAUCCACUUAAAUUGGAGUUGCCAAGUGGUAAGUACUUAUUUUGCUUGUUUUAGUUGAAUUAUUUUGGUUGCCUCACAAACAUGUCACACAAAGACAAGAUCCUCACAUGAGGAAGUGCCUUGACAUUCGAUUUUGUGAAAUCUUUCUCAUUGGCAACGUUUUCCUUUUAUUUUGUUCUCUCUUCAAACAAUUGCCAUAUGGAUGGUUACUGGAGCACUCUUAAGUCCGUAACAAGGAACUGUCCUUCUCAUUGGCCAAAUUUUUAUUUUAGUGUUUUUGCAUGUGUUGUGUGUUGAUUCCUUAGUCAUGGACACAUCAGUCUACUUUGGUAGUGCAUCAUAGUAAGGUGGUGGCUAAUGACAACACACGCCUUUGUUUAUCAAGGACAAACAAGAGGGCAAGGGAUACGGGAGGUUGAUCGGAAAUUGUCUGCCCACCUGUGAUUCACGGUGACUGUCUUAGAGUUGAAACUUUUACUUGAUUUGUGCAAUUUGAGCUGAUGGACACCACGUAGAUCAACCUCAAACGCAAUCUAAGCCAACGGUUUGGAGUGAUACUGCCUAUAAAUGUCAUCUCUUCUGUUUACUAUAUGAAAUGUGUUAUUUUGCGGUAAGUUUACUGAAGAAUACAUUUUAAAAAAAUAAUAAUGUGAAUGUUUACAGUAUAUGGUUUAGUUUUUUUUUUCCUGUUCACUCUCCAAGAAAACAAUGACUUGUGGGCAUUUGGAUUCUUUAAAGAUAAAAUAAAGCACAAUAAUUUUACGGAU